AUGGCCUUAGCGGGCGCGGGCGCCAGCGGUGCACUUACGGGCACACCCGUGCAGGGCCGAGCCCGAUCGGGGAGGCGGGGCGAGGCCACCGGGGCGCGGUGGCGUUUGGCCAGUGUGGGCGACGGCCAUCGGGGGUGGACCCGGGCGGCGCCGCAUGGGGGAAGCGGAACGGCGAGCGGCGGCGGCCACGGCACGCAGUGCGCGGCCACAGGGAGCAGGGGGCAGGGCGGAGCGCCGACGUGGAGCUCCAGCGGUAGCAGCAGCAGGGGAGAAGCGGGAGGAGCAACACAGGGGGUUGGCGAGCGCGCGUCCGUGCGCGGUGGCGCACCGAGGGAGGCGCGGACGGCGCGGGGACAGGGGAAGGAGGAAGGCGGAGGCCGUGGCCUCACCGGGAUUUGUAGGGACGGGGCAGCGGGGCUCGUGGAGGGGGUCGGGGAUGACGGCGACGCAGGGGAAGCAGUCCGGCGAGGUGGCAUCGGCGACGGGGACGGGGAGCGCCGGUGA